GUAUAUGGCACUACUAACCCUUGUUGUUUUCUUUCCACCAUUUUUAGCAUAUGUUUCCUUCCCUUCUUCUUCUCCCUCCUAAAUUUAGCCAAACACAAAAACACCUUUCAAACAAACCAUUUCCCUUCCCAAAAUGUGUUGGUUCAUGCUGCAUUCUUCUUCUCCUUGCUUUCUCUUUGAUUUUCUUCUUCCAAUUUUCUUUCCUCGCUUUUUCCCUCUUGUCUUAAUACCCCUUUCUCCUCCAACAUGCACCACAACCUCGCCAGGUUGUGGAUUGCUUUGCUCGCGGUCGCAACCGCCGCAGUUCAUUGCAAAACCUCCUCCCAAGAUGUUGCAGCCCUAAAUGUGAUGUUUUCGAGCUUAAAUUCGCCUAAGCAACUCAGUGGCUGGAAAUCAAGUGGAGGUGAUCCUUGUGGUGACUCAUGGGAAGGAAUCAAAUGCUCUGGCUCAUCUGUCACUGAAAUAAAUUUAUCUGACAUGGAUCUUUCUGGAUCAAUGGGUUACCAGUUGGCGAGCUUAACAUCGGUUACCUACUUUGAUUUGAGCAACAACAACCUAAAGGGUGAUAUACCGUAUCAACUUCCUCCAAAAGCUCGUUUCAUAGAUCUUUCUAACAAUGGCUUCACCGGAAGUAUGCCCUAUUCCUUUUCUCAAAUGAGUGACCUCAACCACCUAAAUCUUGCUCAUAAUCGGCUCAAUAACCAGUUGGGAGAUAUGUUUGCGAAGCUCACUAAACUCAAAGAACUGGAUGUAUCAUUCAAUUCAAUGUCAGGAAACCUGCCUCAGAGUCUUAAAUCACUCAAAAGCAUCAAGAAGUUGCAUCUGCAAAACAAUCAAUUCUCCGGUUCAAUAAAUGUCCUUGCCAGCCUCCCGCUUGAAGACUUGAAUGUUGAAAAUAACAAAUUUACUGGUUGGAUCCCUGAAGAGUUAAAGGAAAUAGACAGCUUGCAAACUGGAGGAAAUUCUUGGUCAACUGGACAAGCACCACCUCCUCCUCCUGGUACACCUCCUAUCAAGCAUCAUGAGAAAAAGGGUGGAUCGUCUGUUAUUAGUGGAGUAGUUAUAGCAGGCAUAGCUUUUGGUGUGCUGGCAGUAAUUAUAGUUGUUGUUGCUCUUUCUAAAAGAAGAAGGUCAUCUUUACCUUCUUCACAUUUUAUCGAUGAAGAGAGGCACAGCCAGCACAGAUCCUUUACACCCCUUGCAUCGCAGGAGUUAUGCAAAGAUUCGGGUGAUGAUGUAAGCAAAGAAUACAAAGGAUUUAAGUCAUUGGAUUCCACAUUCGAUUCGACUACAAUUGACAUAAAGACUUUGCAAAAAACACCAUCAAUUGGUGUUAGGUCAUCAGUCUCUGAUUGUGUGCAAUCCUAUAAUGAUAAUGAGUUUGCCAAUCGUCUAAAUUCUAAAAGAAGCACAUCUGUCCGUUGUAUUCCGUUUUCAUUGUCAGAGUUGCAGACUGGUACUGCUAAUUUUGCCUCUGGUCGACUUCUAGGUGAAGGAUCCAUUGGGUGUGUUUAUCGAGCAAAAUAUGCAGAUGGAAAGGUAUUGGCUGUAAAAAAAUUCAACUCUUCACUUGUUAAUGGUAGUCGUCCAGAGGAGUUCUCUCAGAUUGUUUCAAGCAUCUGCAAACUUCACCAUCCAAAUAUUGCUGAGCUUGUUGGUUAUUGUUCAGAACAGGAGCACAUCUUAAUAUAUGAUUACUACAGAAACGGCUCUCUCCAUGACUUUUUACACUUAUCAGAUGACUUCAGCAAACCACUAACUUGGAACACCAGAGUCAGAAUUGCAUUGGGAACCGCUCGGGCUGUUGAGUACCUACAUGAAAUUUGUUCUCCAACUAUAAUUCACAAGAAUAUCAAGUCCUCCAAUAUUUUGCUUGACACGGAUCUGAAUCCCCGUCUCUCAGACUAUGGUUUGGCUUCCUUCCACCAGCGAACUAGCCAAAAUCUUGGGGCAGGAUAUAACGCACCUGAGUGCGCAAAACCUUUAGCCUACACCCUGAAGAGUGAUGUAUACAGUUUCGGGGUAGUCAUGCUGGAACUUUUGACAGGACGAAAGCCUUUCGACAGUUCGAAGCCAAAACAAGAUCAGUGUCUUGUUCGUUGGGCUACCCCGCAGCUUCAUGACAUUAAUGCGGUGGAGAAAAUGGUGGACCCUGCCUUGCGGGGACUUUACCCUCCUAAAUCACUUUUCCGAUUUGCUGACAUUAUCGCCCUUUGUGUUCAGGCUGAGCCAGAAUUUCGGCCACCUGUGUCAGAGGUGGUUCAGUCAUUGGUGCGAUUAGUUCAACGUUCAAGCAUGAAAAUGAGAGAGGAUCUUGGAGGCUUCGGUCGGUUGGAUGAUUACGAUGACUGAAUACUGAUACAUUCUGUGAAUGUCAAGUGUCAACAUGUAUAAUGAGUGAAGACGCCCCUGCCACCCCACUUCUGAACACUUAUGGUAAAAGCAAUCUUCAUAGAUGUGCCUUUGGUAGAAAUUUCAGUGACUCCAGUGUUUUAAAUUUAAUUAUUUAUUUGUUUUUAGAGUAGUCGUAGGUUGUGAGUAAAGCUUGUGGAAGGUUAUGAAGACUAGCAAGUAUAUAUCUGUGUAUUUUACAGGUAGUUUUGUAACAUAUAUUAAAAAAUAUGUAAAAGAGAUGUAGGUUUGAUUGCAUUUUUGAUUCCUUAGUUUGGACACCAAGUAGUGUUUGUUCUCUUUUUUGUCAUUUUAUCUCAUCCAUGUAACUUGAUUUCCUCCAAGUUACCAAAAAGUACUCAUUAUAAUUCAAUAGAAUUAAAAAUUGUGCAAUGUAUGCUAUCAAACAAAUGUCAACAAUUAAUCUCAUGCACUAAAUGCUUAAACAUAAGCUGCAAAAUAGUCUAAGCUCAAACAGGCUCAAAUCCAUGCA